AGACAGCUGUUAUCUUUCCCAACUCAAAUUCACUCGUUAUCUAUUGCCUUCCUUUUUCCGGCUUCCCACUCUCUUGCUCUGUUGAGCGAGCAAAUCCAAGGAAUGGCCUAUGGCGGUGCUUCUUCAUCUUCUCCUUCAUCUUCAUCAUCAUCAUCACCAUCAUCACCAUCAUCUUCUCCGGUGCAUACGGUAAAAGGGUCCGCCGCCGAGAAGCCCAUAGUCCCGAGCGGCGUACUGCUCUCGUCGACCGCAUUUUUCAGGCCCUUUAGAUUCAAGCCCAACCUUCAAGCAACGGUUGCAGCUCCCCUUGGCUCCCACAUGGACCUGGUUCAGGAAAUUUACUCCUCAGUGCUAUCCACCGCCCAUACGUGUUUCAGACUGCUGCACUCCGUCGCUUCUCAAAACCCCAUUCUCAAUACCGUCUUCUCUCUGCCCUCCCGGUCUCGCAAUUUCUUCCUGUUUCAGAUUCCUCGCAGAAACUUCGGGAACUUGAACUCCCUCUCGAAUCACAAUUUUGCUGCUGUUCUACCAGGUGAUUCUGUGGCGGGGGUUGUGGUGACUAAUGGUAUCCUAAAUUUCUUGAGCCUUUACAACACACUAUUGGUUGUUAGGCUUGUUUUGACUUGGUUUCCUAACUCUCCUCCUGCCAUUGUUAGCCCUCUCAGCACUUUAUGUGACCCUUACUUAAACAUAUUCCGAGGACUUAUUCCACCACUCGGAGGGACUUUGGAUCUCUCUCCCAUACUGGCAUUCCUUGUUCUAAAUGCUUUUACAAGCACGGCUGCUGCCCUUCCCGCUGAACUUCCUGCAACAAGAUUGUCUCAAGAAAGCUUAUCUCAUGCAAGACCGUCUCAUGUUUCCACAUCACAGGAAAAAUGGAUGAGAAGACUAUGCAGAAACAGGUCAAACAGCUCUGGGACGCCAGGAGGGGAAGAUAAGGUGGAGCAAGAGCACUAACUUGACUGGGAGGCUGAUGUUCAUUUCAAGUUGCUCAGGCAGUACUUCAGUUGGGCAUGUACUAGCUCUAUCCUACAUCCAAAACCUUCUAGCGGUUUUCUCAUAUCAGAUGCUCGAAGAAUUUACUUAUUCUUCACAUCUUCAAAUCAGCAUUAAUUUUUUCCUGUUUUGGACCCUACUGUCCUGGAAUAUAUGCCUUUUCAGUUACGUAACCAGUGCUAUUACCUUCCUCUGCUCAUAUAAUUUGCAUUGAGAUUGUGUAGAAUAACUAUUUUAAAUGCCUUUGCCUUGGCUCA